CCACUCCUCGUCCUGAUUGGCCAAGCCUUGUUUUCUUCCAAGUUUGAGUUGCUGUGGCCGCACAGACCGGAAGCGGAAGUGCAGAGCGCUCGGGGGGAGAGUAACAACGAGGAGGAUGGUGUCCUGGAUCAUCUCCCGGGCGGUGGUGCUCGUCUUUGGUUUGUUGUAUCCUGCCUAUUCAUCAUACAAAGCUGUGAAAACCAAGAAUGUCCGGGAAUAUGUGCGCUGGAUGAUGUACUGGAUCGUCUUUGCACUCUUUAUGAUGGUGGAAACAUUCACAGACAUUUUCCUUUCCUGGUUCCCGUUUUACUAUGAGAUUAAGAUGGCCUUUGUGGUCUGGCUGCUGUCCCCAUACACACGAGGAGCAAGCUUACUGUACAGGAAAUGUGUGCAUCCUGCCCUGUCCCUGCGGGAAAAGGAGAUCGACUCCUAUAUUGUGCAGGCAAAGGAGCGAAGCUAUGAAUCGGUUGUCACACUUGGGCGCAAAGGUCUUAACAUAGCAGCCAGUGCGGCCGUACAAGCAGCUACCAAGGGACAAGGGGCAUUGGUUGGACGUCUGCGCAGCUUUAGCAUGCAGGAUUUAAGAGAGCUUCCAGAUGAUGCUCCCAUACACUACAGAGAUCCCUUAUAUCCAGAUGCUGAACUCCAUCGCCGACCUAUCGGUUAUUCAACUCAGUCCCAAGUAGACAGUGACUCCAUGGAUGAAAGGUGGUCAGACACUGAAAGCAGAACCUCAGCAAGAACAAGAGGCGGCCUCCCCCCAAAACCCAUACAGAGGAGUCAGAGUCUGAGAACGUCAAAGAAAAAGGUGCUCACUAGGGAGGCAUCAGUCCGCAGCAGCAAACCCAGAGCAAAGAAGAAGACCGUGCAAUCCGAAGCAGAAAUGUAAUUUUCCAGAAGGAUCGCGUGAAGCCUAGGGGUAUAGCACCCGCACAUCCUCAUACAAAGCUGAAAACACUGAAUUUUAAACUUAAUUUAAUGUUCACACUGACCAUGUGUUACAGUUUGCGGUUUUACCACACAUGUAUAUCUGUGUAAAUAAGUACGAUCGAUGCAUCUGUCUGCAGGGUAUCCGUGUCUGGAUUGUGGUUACACUACGCUACUGUGGUCUUUGUCCUUAUCUCCUACCCCUUAGGUGUACUCCGCUGCUCAGCGUUUGGAACAAACUGUUCCGAACGCUGGAGCCGGCACUGGGAGCUCAUGACGCCAUAGCCCUGCCCCCUCGUGACACCACGCCCUCUCCCAUAGACUUGCAAUGAGGGGCGGGGCUAUGAUGUCACGAGCUCCCAGCGUUCGGAACGAUUUGUUCCAAACGCUGAGCAGCGGCGUACACCUUUAAUUAUAAAGAUGGCCAUAGGUGUCCACAUGCUACUUUAAUGCCUUGCAUGGGCCCUGGCAUAACACUUACCGGUCAUUGCUUUCCAUCCUAUGGCACUCGCCAGAUGGCGAACACUUCUAUAUGUCAAUCUCCCUGUUACUCUAUGUUGCCUCUGUUUGUGUACGUGCAUAUAUAUAUAUAUAUAUAUAUAUAUAUAUAUAUAUAUAUAAUGUAUGUGUGACCACAGACAGCAGCGUAUGUGUAUAUAGCCUAUGUGUAUGUGUGUCUUGCAGUAUUUCUUUCUUACCAUACAUGACCUGAUCACAGCUGCACGAUCAUUGCCCUAAUUUAGAUCUUGCCCUAAUUUAGAUCUUGCCCUGAUAUCUGGGGGGGGGGAUCUACUUGCUGCUGGACACAUGGUAGAUAAUAAUACACAAUUCACUUUAGAUCUGCUGCAGAAUAUACUGUGACGGAGUCUCUGGAUGUGCAUGGAGUUCUGCAAGACCCAUUCACAUAAAUGAGACACUUGCAGAAACUUCUACUACAAAUCUGAAUAUAUGUGUUUCCCAACCAGGGUGCCUCCAGCUGUUGCAAAACUACAACUCCCAGCACGCCCGGACAGCCUCCGGCUGUCCGGGCGUGCUGGGAGUUGUAGUUUUGCAACAGCUGGAGGCACCCUGGUUGGGAAACACUGGAAUAUAUAGUCACAGUAAUCUGAGCUCAGCCUUUAGUGUGUGGGUUCCAUGCCCUUUGACCUCUAAAGAGCCAUAAGCUACAGACCAGUGUUCUAUGACCUGGACACCACAGAGGGGGGGUUAAUGACCGUAUACACACACAGCCUUACCUUUGCACUAAUUUAUUUUAAACAUUGACUUCUGUUCUGUUAUUUUAGAGUAUAUUGUUUUGAUCAUUUUCGAUAUUAAAGGUUAAUUUGUUUUUAUUGACAAAAUAAAUAGUCUUUAGGUUUAGGAGUAAUGAUAGGUUACCGUUAUAUCUAUGCAAUGCUUUAUUUUUCCCUUUUUGUAAAAUGCUUUCAUACCUUUCUUUUUAGGGGUUGGAUGAAAUUAGGAGUAAAAAAAAAUAAAAAAAAAAAUAAAUGAAUAAAAAAUGCUUGCUAGGUUUCAGAAACAGCGCCACUCUUGUUAGUAGGCGGAGAGAAGUAUUGCAACUUUCUCAUUCACUCAGAUGAAGCUGAAUGGCAAUGCAGAAAGCAGGCCCUAGACAUGAUUGGUGCAAUUUUUUCGAGCAGAUAAUCAUAUUUUUAAUCUCCUGUGACUUUCUUAUGUAUUUCUAAAACAGUGCCACAUCUGCUUAGGGGGUUGUGUCUGGUAUUGCAGCUUUUUUCCAUUAAAGUGAACUGGGUUGAGCUGCGAUACUGCACGUUUCCUGUCAUCAGGGGCGGCGCUGUGUUUCUAAUUUUGUACAACUAGUUUUAAAGGGAAACUGACCGAUGGAUCAACCCCACUGACCUGAAUAGUGGUUAGUGUGGGUCAUCCUCAGUUAAAGGGGGUACUCACUCCACUGGGAAACAAAUUUUUUUAAAUCAACUGGUGCCAGAAAGUUAAACAGAUUUGUAAAUUACUUCUAUUAAGUACUGGAAGGAUUGGGAUUUUUUUUAUCAGCUGCUGUAUGCUCCACAGGAAGUUCUUUUCUUUUUGAAUUUCGUUUCUGUCUGGUCACAGUGCUCUCUGCUGACACCUCUGUCCAUGUCAGGAAUUGUCCAGAGCAGGAGAGGUUUGCUAUGGGGAUUUGCUCCUACUCUGGGCAGUUCCUGAGGUGUCAGCAGAGAGCAUUGUGAUCAGGAAAUAAAAAGAACUUCCUGUGGAUCAUACAGCAGCUGAUAAGUACUGGAAGGAUUAAGAUUUACAAAUUUUUUUAAAUUUUUUUUUUUGUGGAGUACCCCUUUUAAUUAUCUUGUGUAAGAACCCUAUUGCACACGCCAAUCUCGUUUACAAUGCUCGACCAACGCUUAUGUGACCCUCUGCUUUCAUCAUUGGGCGCACAUCCAAUAUUACACGGAUAGAUGUGCGGCCGAUGAACAAUGAUUUUUAAACCGGACAGAACAAAGCAUUUAGUGCUUAAUAGGGUCCUAACCACACACAUACCACCACGGGGUUAGGUAUGCCCAUUCUCAGGAUCAGUGGAGGGUCUCCGCAGUCCUUCUCCGCCAUAUGUAUGCCAUAAAUAUCUGUACAAAACAAAGAAGUAAAUAAACCUCCCUUCAUUGACUUGCAUGGGUUUCCUUAUGCAGCUGUUGCCAUAAACAUGUAGAGAAGGGAGUGAUUUGUCGCAUAGCGGGAUGACAAAAAUAACCCGUCUUUUAUAAUGUUAUGGAGGCCAGGAGACUUACAAGCCUUUAGUGUUCAGUGCCUUGCAUUUGUCAUGUCGCCAUUGUAGUCCGCCGACAUAAACGCAGCCAUGUCUUAUGGUAAAAUCCGAGCCAAUGUCUUACACUGAUGACCAAAGCUUCGUGGCUUUGCCAAAAAAUAGAAUUGCCAAUAAAUAGAAGUCCUUGAGUCAUCUGCUUCCAAUUCUUAGCACAUCUUGGGCUGACUGUUUCCAGGGUGCCUCCAGCUGUUCCAAAACUACAGCUCCCAGCAUGCUGGGAGUUGUAGUUUUGCAACAGCUGGAGGCACCCUGGAAACAGUCAGCCCAAGAUGUGCUAAGAAUUGUAGUUUUGCAACAGCUGGAGGCACACUGGUUGAUGCAUAAGAAAUAAGUUAUAUCACAUGUUGUAUUCCUCAGGGCGGUGUUUUAUAGCCAGUGUGCCUCCAGCUGUUGCAAAACUACAACUCCCAGCAUGCCUUCGGCUGUCUGGGCAUGCUGGGAAUUGUAGUUUUGCAACAGAUGGAGGCACCCUGGUUGAUGGUCAUAUUGGUUGUCACCUAUUUCUAGAUCCAAUGGCUGCUGUUACUUAAAGGGGUUAUCCAGGAAAAAACUUAUAUAUUUUUUUUUUAUAUCAACUGGCUCCAGAAAGUUAAACCGAUUUUGUAAAUUACUCCUAUUAAAAAAAAUCUUAAUCCUUCCAGUACUUAUGAGCUGCUGAAGUUGAGUUGUUCUUUUCUGUCUAAGUGCUCUCUGAUGACACGUGUCUUGGGAGCUGUCAAGAGUAGAAGCAAAUCCCCAUAGGAACUGCACAGAGCAGAAUAGGUUUGCUAUGGGAAUUUGCUUCUACGCUGGACAGCUCGCAAGACACGU